CGCGUCACCAGCUUGCACCCCCGCAGGGGUCCCGCUCGCCGUUCGUUUACUUCCCGAGAAACCCAUAAAACUAGUUUAUAGGUUUCAGCUGCCGUUCCUCUUGUGUUGACAGCCUCUGUUACCAAAAAUUAAUUCAAUCCUGCCGCGAUUGCAACACCGUCUCUGUAAAAAUGUUGUUGAAAUCUGCGAUCGCCGCUGUCGCUCUGAUAGCUCACAGCGCGUCUGCCCAACUUAUUCUUCCUCAGCUCCAGCCAGCAGCGUCCGCACAGCGGGAUGAAUCGGCCUUUACAUCCAAUUACCAAUCCAUCGGGUCAUCCAAGCACCAAGUUCCUCUUGGAAGCGUAAAGGGUGAUGGAGCGUAUCUUGAUCAGAUGCCAUACAAAGCUGGCCAGUUUACGCGCCGAAAGCAAACCAACCAGACUUGUGCAACUUCGGGUGAAGAGCAUUGGACCGGAACAAUUGACGUAACAGACACACAUCGACUAUUCUACUGGGCUUUCGAAAGCCGCAAUGACCCUGAAAACGACCCUGUCCUUCUCUGGAUGAACGGCGGUCCUGGCGGAUCAUCGCUCAUGGGAGGCUUCAACGAGAUGGGUGCAUGCUGGCUCCGAAACGACUCCAACUCUACCGAGCCAAACCCAUGGGGCUGGAACAACCGAGCCACCGUCAUCAUCCUCGACCAGCCAGCCGGAGUGGGAUUCUCGACAGUCGCAGAGGGUGGUAAGGGCUCCAACCGUGAUGUCGAGGGCGCUGAGGACUUCCAAACCUUCCUCAACCUCUUCUUUGAUAAAGCUUUCCCCGAAAAGAAAAACCUUCCAAUCAUUCUUGCAGGAGAAUCGUACGGUGGCCAUUACAUCCCUACAUACGUUAACCAUAUUCUCAACGCACGCAGCUACGACUCCAGCACGGCAUUCCGGGGCAAUAUUACAGGUAUGGUGCUCGUCGAUGCCCUGCUUGAAUUCCAGCCUCUUGUUGCCGGAACAUACGACCUGCUUUGCGAGUCAGAAACUGGAAAGGGUAUCCUGACUCACGAAGAGUGCAAAGAUAUGCAGCGCUUGGUCCCGGCAAACGAGGCGCUAGGCGACUACUGCACCGUGACCCAGAACAGCCAUGACUGCGCCGUGGCUUUUGAGCAUGGCAUGGACAUCUGGGCCCCCUAUCAGAAACGAGUGGACAAAGGCCACGGCACACCAUAUAACAUUCAUCUUAGGUGCAAGAACCCAGAACAGUGUGGCAGACCAGAUACCGGCUUCAUCAGCAUUUACUUCAACAAGCCGGAAGUGAAAGAAGCCUUGGGAUACUCGCCGGCAUUUGAAUAUAAAGACACUAACUUUGACCUAAACACUCGAUAUGCCGAGAGAUUCGAGAUGAUGCGACCAACCACAAGAAUGGUAGCGUCCAUUCUCGACGCUAUCCACACGGAGCCAAUGGUGCCCCAGCCUGCCCUGCGCAAUGGCCUCGCCGAUAUCAAGCUGCUCAUCUUCAACGGAAAUGAUGACUGGAUCGUCAACACGGCGGGCAACAAGCGAGUCUACGACAAUUUGCGAUGGAGCAAGCAGGCCGAGUACAGAGCUGCCAAGUUCCGCCCACUCGAGGGUGUGCCAGAAACCACUGGUGAGUGGAAGGCAACACGCGAUGGUAGAUUGGUCUUUAUGGCUCUGGAUAAGGCGGGACAUUUGGUACCCGGUGAUCUGCGACCCGGCACGUUGGAUAUUCUCGAGAAAUGGAUGGAUGGGGAGUGGCAUUUCUAA